AUGACGGGGAAAAGCAUCAUCAGUCACCCGGUUGAAUUCAGUCUACGUUUGAUUGGGGCCUGGCCAAAUUCUUCCUAUCCAAUUUUAAAACAUAUCGUUUGGUCAGCAACGAUGACAACGAUCCUGAUAUUUCAAUAUUGGUACUGCAUUACCCAUGUCAAAACAGAUUCCUUAACGGACCUAUUGGAUGGCUUAAGCAUCACUUUUUCGAACACUCUUCUUCUUCUGAAGUUUAUUAUUAUUUGGUCCCACCGACGAGUUUUUUCGGAAACUUUGACAAUAAUGGCAGAAGAUUGGGAUAAUUGUAAAUCUGAAUGGAAUAUGGAAGUAAUGAUAAACAAAGCCACGUUAUCGUAUCGUAUUACGAAGAUUAUGAUUGUAUCAUUCACAUUCAGCAUCACUUUAUAUUCUAUAAGUGUAUUUUUUGGUCCCGACGACAACGAUGGAACGUUACAUCCCAACGAAAGGAAAUUCUUAUUAAGAAUGGAACUUCCUUUUGAAGCAACAAUCUCACCAAUUUACGAAAUUAUUGUUACGCUGCAAAUCAUCGCACAGUCAACAUUUACCCUGAUGGCAGGAAUGUUAAUGACUCUUAUUGCAACCCUUGUACUUCAUCUAGCCAGUCAAAUCGAGAUGGUAUGCGAAAGAUUGACGAAAAUACUGAACGAUGAUAAUGGAGAAGAAUCACGCGUACCUGUAAUUAAUAAUAUCAUUAUGAAACACCAGAGAAUUUUAGAUUUAUCCGACAAUAUAGAUGAUGUGUUCACGUUCAUAUCAAUGAUACAAUUUUUCUUUAACACCGUGGUCAUUUGUUUCGUAAGCUUCAUUCUUGUAACUUCAUUAGAUACCGAUGAAGUAGCAACAACCAUAUCAAAAUGUUUUCCUUACUACGUAAUCGUUCAUUUGGAGGCACUUAUUCUUUGUUACACUGGCGAAUACCUUACCACGAAAAGUAAGAACAUAGGUUGGACCGCGUACAAUUCUAACUGGUAUCGGUUAAGCAUUCGUGAAUGCCGCACUCUUUUAUUAUUAAUAUUACGUUCUCAGAGGCCUUUAACCCUAACCAUUGGAAAAUUCAUCAAUCUUUCCUUAGAGACUUUUGCUAAUGUAAGUAAAUUCUUGGCGUUCGCCAAUAUACUAGUGUGGAGGUGGCUCUAG